AUGCCACCAAAGCGUGCUGGAAAAUCAAAAAAGAAGCCAAAGCCACCACCCCCUGUUGUGUUUUACAUUUCUACAAUCGAGGAAUUCAGUGAAAAGGUGGAGAAAUAUGAGGGUUGUUGCCUUGUGGCCACUGUCGCGACUCACUGCAGCAUGUGCUCCACUACUGUUGUACCAUAUCUGGAGAAUCUCAAUACCUCAAGACCAGCGGCGCUUGCCGCACUGAACAUUGUGGUGAUUAAUGUCGACACCGAGUCUGCGGAAUUGUGCAAGUCGCUUCAGUUUGGUGCCAUUCCAACUUUCUUUUCCUAUUCAUACGGAAAGCUGAUGCACACUUUCUCCGGUAAUAAUAUGGACAAGGCGUUGUUAAUAGCGAAAAUAGCUGCCCAGCAGGCUGAACUAGAUAAGGCUGAAGCUGCAGCAGCGGCUAAGGAACUAGUAAAUGCUGCAGGUGGAACUGCUCCUGACGGCGCUGCUGGCGUUGCAGAUGCGGCCCCCGCACCGGCAGCAGUUGAAUGA